AUGGCCGAGGGGCUGUUGCGCUGUGGGACCCUGGUGCUGUGCGGGACCCUGGUGCUGUGCGGGACCCUGGUGCUGUGCGGAACCCGGCUGGCUUUGGCAGCAGGUGAGCGGCAGAGUGACCGGGACUCUGGCCGGGGCUCCUGGGCUCAUGCAUCUCUCCCCCAUUCCGUGAAAACUGGGGUCUCCCUUGAGGUUCAUGCAUCCAACCAUUUACUCUCCCUCCCUACAGGGACAGUUGAAUCUCCCACACCAGUGCCUCCGUUUCGCAGAGUGGAUAUCAUUCUGCUCUGCUCCUAUGUGGGAGAAGAUGCGAGAGGCUUACACCCUGCCUUUCGCAGCUCAUCCUCUGAGCAUUCUGCUGCCUUGGUGCUGAGGGGCAUCAGCGUCAGAGAUGAUGGAAACUUGGAUGAUGUAACCGAGUACAAAGUCCCGCUGGAAGAUUCUGGCUCCCCUUCCAUUGUUUUUGAAGCCUCAGUCCAGUCAGUGUCCAUCCCACAUGCAGAGUCCCUGCUGCAUGCAGACUGUGAUGGGGAGGAGGUGAACUGCGAGAUCUCUCCAUACAGCUCCCAGCAGGCUACUGAAGGAACCUGCCAUACCUCCUGGUUCAUGGCCACCAUGCAACUCUCUGGCACAAUCAGCAUUGCCCUGGUACUCAGAGGACCUCACUGUGACAGCCCACAGGAUGAGGAGGAGCACCAUGCAGCACUGCACCCAGUGUUGAGGAUUCCUGUGAGCAAGGAGGGGACACUGCUGACCACAGUUGAGUUCCAGUCCUCAUCACAAAGCACUUCCCUGCAUGUGGGUCUUGGCAGCUCAGUCACCCUCGACUGCCGCUUUGCCUUGGCUCCCAGCUCCUCACUGUCCUCCCUGGGCUGGAGGAAGCAGCACCGAGGCAGUGGACAAAGCCUUUUCUGGUACCAGGUGGGGAGCCCAGGUCCAACAGCGCAGCCAAAAGUCCAUGUGGAUGUGGUGGAGCUGCUGGGGAGUGGAGAUGCAUCACUUAGCCUGCGAGAAGCGAGCGUGGGAGAUGAAGGGAUGUACAUCUGCUCUGUGUCCACCCUGCUGCACCAGGCCCAGCACAUCAUCCAGCUGCAAGUGGUCGAGCCUCCAAGAGUCCAUGUCAUUCCAGCAGUGGUGUCAUUUGACAGAGAAGUGACAGCUACUCUGACCUGCAUCAUUGCUGGCUAUUACCCCCUGGAUGUCUCAGUGAGAUGGACACAGAGGACUCCUGAAAAUGCUCACAUGGAAGUCCCUCUGUCAAACACAGGUCUCUCUAGCCACAGACAAAACCAAGAUGGCACCUACAGCAUCACCUCUUACCUCAGCAUCAGCUCAGACACGGCACAGGCACCAGCCACCUACAGCUGCCACGUUUCACACGUGGCUCUGGCAAAGCCUAUCUCUGUGAGCAGCCAUCUUAAGGCACCAGAGAACACAGGACCAGAAAACCUGUUGGGGUGUUUCAUUGCUACGGUCAUUCUCAUCGUUGUCUUCUUCGUUGUGCUCAGGAGAAGAGCAGGACCCGCGGCUGUCUCGGCACUCGACUAA